AUGGGUAACAGUUUAGGUGGAAAGAAAACGACCAAGAUCAUGAAGAUAGAUGGCGAGACUUUUAAACUGAAAACUCCCGUGACGGCUGAAGAGGUCCUGAGAGAUUAUCCCGGCCACGUUUUGUUAGAGUCUGAAUCCGUCAAGCACUAUGGUGCUAGAGCCAAACCACUUGAGGCUAAGCAGAUGUUGAAGGCGAAGCGGCUGUAUUUCGUGGUGGAACCGGUGAAGGAGUGUCCACCAAGAAGGGCAAGGUCGGUGAUUCACAUGACUGCGCAAGAGAGGCUUGAGAACCUCAUGCUUGCUCGGAGAUCUUCUUCGGAUAUCUCCGCACUCAAACCCCCAGGAAAAUGGAAGACCAAGGAGGAGGAGGAGGAAGAAGGAGGAGCAGCGAGGGUGAAGCUGAGGAUUCCCAAGGCGGAGAUAGAAAGACUCGUUAAAGAAGGAGCUACGGAGGCGGAGGCAACGCAGAAGAUCGCUGCUCUCUUUAUGGCAAAAAAGAACCAUGACGAAGCACGUCAGAAGACGCUCCAACGUGGUGUUGACGGAGGAGAUGAGCCCGCCAGUGCUGUAGCCACAGCCGCCGCAACGAGAGGAGUCAAAUCUUGUCUGAAACGAGUGAGUUUUAUGGCUGAAAAAGGAGGAAACGAGAUCACAGUUGCUUAAUGCUGAACCAAUAAAGACAAAUACGUAUAUGUAUGUAUAAUAGACUGCUUCCCAUCGUUCCUGCUUUGUACAUAAAAGCAAGAGAGUUUGAUAAGGAGCUAUUGAAUGAAUACUUCAUCCAUGUCCCCACUCUGUAGCUAGACUCAAGAAGAAUGUCAUCUUUCUUUCUUCUAUCUAACACAUAUACGUCUGUCUCGACAAUCCCAUUGAUCAACUCUACCACAUCUUUAAGCAUUUUGACAUCAACGUGUCCAUUCUCUAAUGGUACAACCAUAUUCUCCAGCGCAGUAUUCUUGUCAACCUAGUCUUGAAUCUACCAACAAAGUCUUAACACUUUCUCAAGCGUCCGUGUAUCCACCUUCAAGAAGAGACAUAAAGUGAUAUGUACUUGUUUCCCCUCAAAACUUGCCGUGACUAAGGAUGUGAAAGCUUUUAAGACUUACCUCCACAUCCAUUUAAAGAUUCUUUUGCUCAUGAUAUUCAUCCACAAUUUAAUGGCAUUCACUAUACCUCCUCCAGCUGGUAAUAUUUGGUUAUCUUCUAUCACCACCUUGUCAAAUAAUCCCUUCCUAUCUUCCCUCUAUCAAUCAGCACCUAAGUUCGAUAAGAAAGCUCAUCCUCUGCAUAAACUUGAACACAAUUCUUU